AAAACUCCUGCUUGUGCCCCAGGCCCAGCCCCCGAUGCCUGCCCAGCGCGGGGGGUUAAAGAGGAGGAAGGUGGCAGAUAAAGUUCUACCUCAGCGAAUUUGGGAGCUUGUCCCAGAACCUCAGGCGUGCAUAGAUCUCUUGGCUUUUGAGCGGAAGCUGGACCAGACCAUUGCUCGAAAGCGGAUGGAGAUCCAGGAGGCCAUCAAAAAUCCUCUGACGCAAAAAGGAAAGCUGCGGAUCUAUAUUUCUAAUAUGUUCUGUCCCAGCAAGGCAGAAGGUGAUACAGGGGACAAGGUGGCUUCCUGGGAACUCCGAGUAGAGGGAAAACUGCUGGAUGAUCUUAGGAAACAGAAGAGGAAGCUUUCUUCAUUCUUUAAGAGGCUCGUCAUUGAGCUGGACAAGGAACUGUACGGGCCUGACAAACACUUGCUGGAGUGGCACCAGAUGCCCACCACCCAGGAGACAGAUGGCUUCCAGGUGAAACGGCCUGGAGACCUCAACGUCAAGUGCACCCAUCUGCUCAUGCUGGAUCAUCAGCCUCCCCAGUACAAGUCGGACCCCCGACUGCGGAGGCUGCUGAGGGUGCACACACAGACGAGGGCUGCCAUCAUGAAGGCCCUGUGGCUCUACAUCAAACACAGCCAGCUGCAGGACGACCACAAGCGGGAGUUCGUCAACUGCAACUGGUACUUCCGCCAGAUCUUCAGUUGUGGCCGACUGCAUUUCUCUGAGAUUCCCAUGAAGCUAGACAGGUUGCUGCAGCAUCCAGACCCCAUUGUCGUCAACCAUGUAAUUAGUGUGGACCCUAACAACCAGAAGAAGACAGGCUGUUAUGACAUUGAUGUGGAGGUGGAUGACCCACGCAAGGUCCAGAUGAGCAAUUUUCUGGCCUCUACCACCAAUCAGCAGGAGCUUGCUUCCCUUGAUGUCAAAAUCCAUGAGACCAUUGAGUCCAUCAACCAGCUGAAGACCCAGAGGGAUCUCACGCUCUGUUUUAGCACUGACCCCCAGGACUCCAUCCAAGAAUCGCUCUGUUCCCAGCGCCAGGACCUCAAGAUUAUCACUGAUGUGAUUGGGAGUCCUGAGGAAGAGAGACAAGCUGCUUUCUACCACAAGCCCUGGGCCCAGGAACCAGUGGGGAGGCACAUCAUUGCCAAGGUGCAACAGCAAAGGCAGGAACUGGAACAGGUGCUGGGAAUCUGCCUGACCUAACUGCUCAGGGAUCCCUUCCUUUCUUCCCAGCCCUGGAGCCACCCCCUCCUCAGCCUGGA